AUGAGUUUGAGAGAGAUCCUGGUCCAGUUCUUGUUAGGCAAUCAAUUGACCAGCAGGUUGUCCCUUCCUGAGUUCCAGGAAGUCGUGGACAAGAACAGUGGUCAAGGUGAGAGGAUACCAGAUGAAAAGGUUCGUGAAUGGUAUGCUGCUUAUCGGGCCCGUGAUCAAGAUGAAACUGAUGCUACAAGGCUGAUUGUCGACAAGUUUCUUACCAUUACUGAGCAGGCUGAGAUGCGAAAGUUGGAAAACGCACAGUUAAAGGAAUCUUUGAGUUUAGAAGAAGUUGUUGACAGUAUGUAUAAUGUGGAUCAAAUACUGGAUGCGAGACUGAAGACUUUGAAUAGAGCUAUGGAAACGAAUGUGAAGGUUUUGGCUAAAUUAAAUGAUAUCUUGGCAAAAGUCAAUCGAUCAAAAGCCGAAGACGACAAUAUUGAUCUAUUAAACGUCUUACAUGGCUAUAAAACAAUGAUAGAGGGUGACGAGUAG